AUGGCGACGAAGCUCGCUAGACUAGCCACGUGGCUUGUCUUGGUAGGUUGCCUGUUGUGGCGGGCGGGGGCAGUUCAGCUCUCUCCGCCAAACUCCAGGACGAAUGAUCUGGCUUCGGGAACCCCGCAUGUGGCUCGUGGGGACACUGAGGCGCAGUCAGGAACUGGAGACGAUUCAGAUUUCCCGCAGGGCGUGGUCGAAGAGGUGGCAGAUAUGAGCGGCGGCAGAGUUCCCCGAGUGCCAGCAUCGUCUACCACCACAUCUGCGUCCGAGGGGAUUUUCAGAAGAUUAGUUCGCAGACUUCGUCGGGGAAGAGGAACCGCAGAUGGCGCAGGAGUUGCUGACGAAACCCAUCAGGGGCCGCGCCCGCCACUUCGGAAGAGACUUGCUCAGCACUUCCGUAGGCUGAGGGGCUUCUUCGGACGCCUUACGCCGAGGUGGCUCUCCGGUCUCGGCCGCCGGGCGCAAAGAUGGUGGAGAGGGAGACAGAGACCGCUGCUGGACCCUUCGUUUCAUGGGUUGGAAGCUGGAGAUUCGUUCAUGCGCGACCUGCUGAAACGUGAAGAAGAGCUGAUUGGAUACUGUCGCGAAGAAGCGUUGAAAGAACCUGCAGCGAUGGUUGAGGCUGUCAUGGCAACUGUAUGGCCGCAAAAUGCUGAAACAACCGUGGAUUCACUUUUGAGUCAGGGAGAGCGGAAGUUGAAAUUGGUGGAGCCUCUUCGAGUCGGUGACCGAUCUGUCGUAUUUUUAGUAAGGGAUGUAGAGCGCCUGGAGGAUUUCGCUCUGAAGGUCUUCACUAUGGGUGCCGAGAAUUCCCGAUCAGAGCUGGAGCGGUUGCAUGAAGCGACUUUUGCGGCAGCGAGGUUGCUUGGGGAGAGUCCAGAGGAGGCACGGGACAGACGCAGGCUUUUACUUCCCUCCGAUGCUGUGGCAGUUCAGUCUCAGCCCCCUUUCGCUCAGCUGAGUCCAGGACAGAGCGACUAUGCAGUCGCGAACUAUUUCUUUCUCAUGCCCGCUGCGUCGGUGGAUCUUGAAUUGCUCUUUAGGACAUUGGACUUCGUGUAUGUAUUCAGGGGGGAAGAAGGUAUUUUAGCGCGUCACUUACUAACGGCACAGCUGAUCCGUCUGGCAGCCAACCUGCAGAGCAAAGGACUUGUGCAUGGACGCUUCACACCUGAAAACCUUUUCAUUAUGCCCGAUGGCCGCCUGAUGAUGGGGGAUGUAUCCACGUUGAGGAAGGUCGGAACCCGAGGACCGGCAUCAAGCGUCCCGGUUACCUAUGCGCCUCGGGAGUUCUUGAAUGCAAACACGGCAACAUUUACACACGCGCUCAAUGCGUGGCAACUGGGUCUUAGCAUAUACCGGGUUUGGUGCCUAGUCUUGCCUUUCGGACUCGUGACACCUGGGAUCAAACGGACAUGGAAAAGGCCAAGUCUACGAGUUCCAGGGACUGACAGUCUGCUAUUCGACUCAUGUAUACCUGUGCCUGACUUCGUGCAGACACUUACUAGACGGUUCCUCAACUUCGAUAGGCGGCGACGCCUGCUUCCCUUGGAGGCCAUGGAGACGCCAGAGUUCCUCCAGCUCCAAAACGAAAUAUCGAGCAGCCUAUCAACAGGACAACCUACUGCUGCGCCCUCAGUCGCUUGA